UUACCUCCAGGAACAGCGUCCUGCACAGAGUCCACCUGACUCCACUUCACAUCAACUUACAGCGAGUUGUGGAAUGUAAAUACGAACUGAGAGGACCAGGACCUGAAGAGACAGACAGGACGCACCGGAGGAGCGGAGCGGAGCGGAGCAGCAACAUGGCAGCAGAUUACUGGGAGUCGCAAAGACCAGAGAUUCUGUCAGACUGAAUCGAGCCGAAGAUAACCCGGGACAGACCGGGAUAAACCGUCCCGGUGUGGUCUCCAGGCUGGCUGCCCCACCUAUCCCAGUGUCACGCCCCCCUCUGCCCCCCCGGCCCCCCCUCAUGGAGAGGAUGAGAAAGAUCAAACGGCAGCUGUCACUCACUCUGGGGAGGGGAGGGGCCGGGGGAGGGGAAAGGACUUUGAGUGACACCAUCAACCAGGAAGUGACAUCACACAGUGACUCAGAGGUGUCUCUCCACUCGUCCUCCGGUGGUUUGAAGGUUCGGGGCUCCUCCUCUUCUGUUCAGUCUCUGCUGCAGUCGUACAGCAGCUCACUGAGGAAACCUCGAGGCCUGGGACGCAGCCUGAGCUCCUACCUGAACCACACCAACCGGCUGGAGAUUGUUCAUGAGGAUGUGAGGAUGAGUUCAGAUGGAGAAAGUGAUCCAGCUUCUUCUUCAGACGACGUUCAGAGUCCAGUCAGAGUCAGACUGAGGAACAAGAAGAUCUCUACUGAGGACAUCAAUAAACGGCUAUCGUUACCGGCUGACAUCCGUCUUCCAGAUGAUUACCUGGAGAAGUUUAAUGUGAUUGGUCCAGCUUUAUUUGAGCAGCCAAUCAGCAGGCGGCUGCGCAGAGUGUCUCUGUCAGAGAUUGGUUUUGGAAAACUGGAGACAUAUGUCAAACUGGACAAACUGGGAGAGGGGACCUAUGCUACAGUUUACAAAGGUCGCAGCAAACUGACUGAAAACCUUGUGGCUCUGAAAGAAAUUCGACUGGAACAUGAAGAAGGCGCUCCGUGUACUGCCAUCAGAGAAGUGUCGCUGUUGAAGGAUCUGAAACACGCCAACAUCGUUACGCUUCACGACAUCAUCCACACACAGAAAUCCCUCACACUGGUGUUCGAGUACUUGGACAAAGAUCUGAAACAGUACCUGGACGACUGUGGAAACAUGAUCCACGUCCACAACGUCAAACUCUUUCUUUUCCAGCUGCUGCGAGGUUUGUCGUACUGUCACCGGAGGAAAGUUCUCCAUCGAGACCUGAAACCCCAAAACCUGCUGAUCAACGAGCGAGGAGAGCUGAAGCUGGCCGACUUCGGUUUGGCUCGAGCGAAGUCCAUCCCAACGAAGACGUAUUCUAACGAGGUGGUGACACUGUGGUACCGCCCCCCCGACAUCCUGCUGGGCAGCACUGACUACUCCACUCACAUCGACAUGUGGGGUGUUGGCUGUAUCUUCUAUGAGAUGGCAACAGGUCGGCCUCUGUUUCCUGGUUCCACAGUUGAGGAGGAGCUUCACUUCAUUUUCAAACUCCUCGGUACUCCCACAGAGCAGAGCUGGCCUGGGAUCACUUCCAAUGAGGAGUUUGUGACAUACAACUACCCUCAGUACAGAGCAGAGAGACUAAGUAACCACACUUCAAGACUCAGCAGUGAAGGAGUGGAGCUGCUGUCAGAGUUCCUGCAGUUUGAAGGAAAGAAGAGGAUCUCUGCAGACCAGGCCAUGAAUCAGCGCUACUUCAAUAACCUCGGCAACAGAGUGAUGUCACUUCCUGACACGAUGACCAUCUUCAGUCUGCCCGAGAUCCAGCUCGAGAAGGAGACGAGGCCGACGGCAGCACCUGACCCAGCAAACAGUCUGACCAGGAGGCGGAGUCUGCUCUUCUGACCUCAGUGGGUGGGGUCUGCUGCAGAGAAAGGGAAACCAAAAGGACAGGAAGUGAUUUUUUUCUGGUGGAGGAUCUACUGCAGGGAACAGGAAGUAAAAUGCAGAAGCUAACUGAAACUGAAAUGACAGUUUAUCAAGAGAAGAAGAGGAAGCAGAGAGACAGAGAAAUGAAUCACAGCAGUCAUCUGACCAAUCAGAGAACAGCACAGCUUCACCUCAGUGAAGAGUGGAACGAAUGAGUGAAUGAGUUAAAGCUGUCUGAACAGAUGAUGGAGUGAAAUCUGUCUUCCAUUUUCACUGCACAGAUUGAAACAUCACAUUUUUAAAAAGACUUAACAGGAUCCUGGAAAACCCGGGAAUUCUGUGAUGAAAAUUUGUUGUCAUAGAAACACGUGGGAGCAGUCAGGUGUCACCUGUGUGAACACCUGCAGUGUCUGCAGCUGCACUUUUUGAAUUAACCCAGUUUCACUUCACGGAGAAGAAUCGGUCGUAGUAAACACAAUGACAUCACAAGCAGUGAGACUCAUGAUGUCACAGGUGACAGAUGCAGAAAAACAGAACAGGAACGUCUGUAAAACCUUUCAGUUCACGGCCUCACACACCUGAGUGAGAACAUCAAACAGUGUUUAUGAGCAGGUGAGACAGGAAGUGUUGCAGACACACACGGAUUCACCUGUUUUAUAUUCACAUCUGAGAAUCAACAGUAAGUAAGUGUGUGUGCAGUGACAGAGAGAGGCCUCACUGGAAAUACUUUAGUUUUACAUUUAAAGCUGAGAAACAUUUUUAAAAUGUAGCUGUUCAGAGUUUAAAGAACUUCAUGAUCUGAGUUUGAGGUGUAGGACAAAAGUACAUUUACAGUGUCUGUGACUCAGUGCAGUGUCUGACUCAGUGCAGUGUCUCUGACUCAGUGCAGUGUCUGACUCAGUGCAGUGUCUAUGAGUCAGUUCAGUGUCUAUGAGUCAGUGCAGUGUCUGUGACUCAGUGCAGUGUCUGACUCAGUGCAGUGUCUGACUCAGUGCAGUGUCUAUGAGUCAGUUCAGUGUCUGAGUCAGUUCAGUGUCUAUGACUCAGUGCAGUGCCUGUGACUCAGUGCAGUGCCUGUGACUCAGUGCAGUGUCUGACUCAGUGCAGUGUCUAUGAGUCAGUGCAGUGUCUGUGACUCAGUGCAGUGUCUGACUCAGUGCAGUGUCUCUGACUCAGUGCAGUGUCUGACUCAGUGCAGUGUCUCUGACUCAGUUCAGUGUCUAUGACUCAGUUCAGUGUCUAUGACUCAGUGCAGUGCCUGUGACUCAGUGCAGUGUCUGACUCAGUGCAGUGUCUGACUCAGUGCAGUGUCUAUGAGUCAGUGCAGUGUCUGACUCAGUGCAGUGUCUCUGACUCAGUGCAGUGUAUGAGUCAGUGCAGUGUCUGUGACUCCGUGCAGUGUCUGACUCAGUGCAGUGUCUCUGACUCAGUGUCUAUGACUCAGUGCAGUGUCUGACUCAGUGCAGUGUCUAUGACUCAGUGCAGUGUCUGCAGGAGAAGCCAUUUUUGCUGUAAGAGAAAUUUGACUUUUAUUUUGAACAUGUGAAUCUGAUUUCUGCAUGUGUGUGUCAUACAGUCAGUCUGUAUACUGUAAUACUGUUAAUACAAAUACUAAUGCUGUAAAAAUACAGUAAUACUGUAAAUAUUACACAUUAAUACUGUAAAUUUGCAGUGAACAGCUGAGUCUGAGCAGCUGUUUUCUCUCUGUGCUGCAUUUAUUUUAAAAGGAUUUUUUAUUUUUAUUUGUCACUAAGUUUUUUUCCGUGACAUCACAGCCCCUCCCCCCACUGAACAACAUGUUAAAGGAUAGCGCAGAACUCUGAUUGGCUGGUGUAGCCAAUCAGUGUUGAGAACAGUUGCUGGACAGCCACCAUUCAAUGAUGGGUGGGGCUACCUGACAGGUGUCACUGGAAAUUCCAGGUGUAUGAAGGGGAAUUUCAAACUUUUUUCUCUUUCCUUCAGUUUAAAUCCACAGUUAAACAGAACCUCAGAUCAGGUUUUAUUUUCCUAAACCAACAUUUUAAGCUGAUGGAGUUUUAAUUUCACCUGCUUUGAGUCUAGGUACCAGUGGGCGGGGCUUAUCCACACUUUUUUCCUCAGAUUGUUUUUCAGACAAACUUUGUGAUUGAUUUGAAAAACGUUUUAGGUUUUUUUUCAGAAGCAUUAAUAUUUUGUAAACUGCUGUUGUAAUUUUUGUUUUAGAUGUGAAGAAAUAUUAGCAAUAGAAAAAUAUUGAUCAGAAGACGAUUGAUCAGAGUUGAAGAUGGUUGUCUCAGAGAAGUUUGAACUGAAUCUGCUGUAAAGAUGUUACAUGUACUUGUGUGUUUGAGGUCAGAAAUAUUCAAUAUUUAAAAAAACACAUUUAUAUUUUCUUGUUUUACUGAAUAUCGGUGGAUCAACUUGAUGCUAAUCAGGAGAAAAAUCUACAAAUCUAAAAUACUAAAUAUUUAAUGUGUCAAGUUUAAAGCAACAAUCACUGAAAAACACAAGAACAUUUCUAAAGUGUAAAAUAUCAAAGAAGAAAAUGUCCCAGAAUGAAAAGUGUUUAAUUCAGUUUUGUUUGUUUUAAAUAAUUAAGUAUUUUUAAAGAUUGAUUGUAAAACAUUUUGUGUUGCUCAUCAUAAAAACUUAUUUAAAUUCUCUGAGACUGAAACUGAUAAAGUCAAAAGUGGCUAAUGUGGCAGUAAGUCAGUUUUCCAUGUUCCUGUGAAUCAAACACUUUUUGUGAAUGAAAUGUGUUGAAGGAAGUGAUGCAAUGGCGGCGGAGUCACAUUGAAGCUUCACACUUUUAUGCUGUCAAUGAAUGACUGUUGAAUGUAACUACAAAGUGUUGAUGUGGUCAGUAGCUGAAACUUGACUGAGUUUACAGUAAUAAUGUGUAGAGUUAUCGGUUGUUAGAGAUAAUCCAAGUUUUUAAUCUGCACGUUACAUCGUCGUCGUUUCUCUGUUUCUGUUCAACUGCAGAAAAAACAGCAUUUAGAUCUGAAAGUAAAGUUCCGCUGUCUCGUCAGAGGCCACUGAUUCAUCAGGAUUUUUCGUUUUGAGCAACACGAAACAAUGUAGGAGGGUGAUCUGGAUCAGUCAGGUGGAUGGAAACUAAAAUUUAAACUGCUUCCAGGUCAGUGGGUUUGGCUCCUCGUCAGUCAGAUGUUUUUGUGUGAAACAGGCAGCACAUUAGAAACAACUCCUUUGUUCUGUCAGCUUUUUAUUGUGUGUGAACAGAAGCUUUAAAUUCAGCUCUAAACCAGAUCCAGAUGCUGUGUACUCUGCUUUUUGUAAAUGAAUAUGUUUUGUUUUGGUUGACAACAUACCAAAGUUAUCUGCAAUAUACUGCACUGCAUGAUGGGAUUCUUCCAGAUAACUUCUAUGCUGUAUAUUCUUUGAAUAUUGUUCCAUCUGCCAGGGAGGCACUGCAACAUAUCUGAUGCUAUAACAGAUCUGCAUACUUGAAGUAUCAGUCCAAGUAUGCAGCCUAAAGAAUAUCCUGUUAGUGUGUACAAUUAUGUUUACUACGUGUAUUCCGGAUAUAUUUACAGUAUAUAAAUAUACAUUAAAAUCUUUAUUUAUUCUCA